AUGGUCUCGAGCACGUCGCAUUCGACGACGUCUACAUCUGCACCGUCUGCCACCUCGAUCACCAAUCAAUCUGCAUCGGCGACAAACGCAACCUCUUCGUCCGAAAAGAGCAACGAGGACGACAAAGAGAAACCCAAGCGCUCCCAAACCUGCUUCCGAUGUCGUCAGAGCAAAGUCAAGUGCGUCUUCGAACUCAACGCAACCUCGUGUCGAAGAUGCCUCCGAAUCGGCUUCAACUGCGAGCUGCAGGGCCGGAAGGAACCGCUCAGCUGGCAGACGAGGGUCCAACAUCAGCUGGCUGCGCUCGAGGGCUCGCUCCAAACUUUCAUAGACAGGCAGAUGGGUAGCAGCUCUUCAGCUCUGAAUGCUCACAACAACAAGCGUAGCAGCUUUCCUAGGUCGCACCACUCGCCCGGCGGUAUCAUCAGCAACGAUCUUGCUUCGAAUUCUGAGAAACGCAGGCGCACGAACAUCGCAAAUGUUCCUAGAGCAUCCAAUGAUGUACAGCACAUGGGAUACGGAAGCGAUUCGCAUCCGCAUGCUGCACAGAGCCCCAUCUAUGCCGACGUCAACAGCACUUCUACCUCGACCUACCCUUCGACCACGCAAUUCUCACCGCGCGAUGCCCAGCAACACCAGCAUCACCAGAAUCACCAGAAUCACCAGCAUCUGACGCAUGCAGCAAGCAGCAACGCGCUCCUCGGAUCCUUGGUCACCUCGACAAGCAGUGCAGCAUACGCCAGUCCGCCAAGGUCCAGAAUGGGCGAGGUGGGUGGCAUGGAUGCUGCGGGUCAGCCUGCACUACCUGCUACAGGGUCGUUGCAAGGCGAUCACGCGCUGCCCGAUGAGGACGGCGUACCGACAAGCGGCGAGCGCGGUGCAUUCCACACCCAAGACGAGCACGACCACGCAUCGCGUCCGCUCUCGGCGAUUCAAAAGCUCAGGAUGAGCGUCUUGGAUCGCAAAAAGGAACUCUUGCGCUCCGGCGAACGCGUGUUCCCCAACCUCUACCGAAUGGCCACGCCGGACGUCGGCAGCAAAGAUCCCAGACCCAACGUGAUCAAGCAGGAUCUCGUCUCGCCUUCGGACGCUGUCGUCCUCUUCGACUUCUUUGCCGAGUAUCUGGACCAGUACAGCUUCGGCUUCCCCACCUAUCAGCCCGACGCCAUCAUGUCGCCCAUGAUCUUGAGCUCGGUCGUCUGCAUCGCUUCGCUCCACCAUGCUCAGCUUAAUCGGCUCCAUGCGCCGCUCAAAAACGAUCUCAUCGCUCGGCUCCAGACAGAUGACCCGAGCUUCCCCUGCUCCGACGUGUACGAAACGCUCUUUUCAUCCUCUGCCUAUCGCUCUUCGCACCUGCAGUCCAACUUUCAUUUCGAAAAAGAACUCGAUCCCGAACUAGGCAUCGGUGUCGAAGAGAUCGUUGGUGCUAGCCUCUUUGCGUCAUGGUUCGGUGGCAAACGCGCCUGGAUGGCUUCGCGCCUCGCCAGAUGGUGGUCCGCCAAAUUCUUACGUCAACAACAACACCCAGCCAUGAUGACCAUGGGCGAAAUCAUGAGCAUCCUUCCACCGCCCAGAGACUUGGGCAAGCAGGAUCUGCUGCGAGUCUGGCUCAGCGCCUACAUCACCGAGAUCCACCAGGCCUGCAUGGAGGGCACACCGUCCAUUGCCGGCUUCUCUUCGCCCCACGCCGUGUGCGAUUCGUUGCAGUACUCCAAAGGCCUCUCACAGCGCACAACUUUGCGCGACCGUGUGCUUAUCAUCCAUUCACGCAUCGCUUGCAUUCUAAGCAAGGCUUACCACGUCGCCGGUAACGGAUCCACGGAUUGGCCAUACCGAGAUAAGCCGACAGCUGCGUCGACAGUGAGUCCAUCCAGAAGCUGUCAAUCGUGUCGUGAUGGAUCCACGGCGGUAGACGGUGCAUCUGCGGCGGCCAGAGGCGCUGCAACAGCCACGGACGCAGCUUCGUGCCUGCAAGCUGUACUGGGUGCAUUCGAAGAUCUCGAUUCGUGCCAGGAGCAGAUGGCGGGUCAACUUGACGCAGAUGCGAUUGGCGAGUCGGAAAGCAUGCUUUAUCUGGACCUUUUCUUGGCCAGAGUGCUGAUCGCUUCGAUCGGUUGUGACUUUCUCGACUCGACGCUAUGGGAUGGCAGUCUCGGUCAGAUCUCGGCUCAUACCAGACGAGCCAAAGACGACACUUCUUGCGAGUCGGAUCUGCACAGUCUGAGAAGCAGGACGCUCAGGGAGAGCUUGACGCGCGGCUUCGAGGGGGCGCUCAGGUCACUCGAGCUGAUCUGUGUGCCCGCAAUCACUGGCGGCGUCGAUGCAAGCUUAAACGGUAGCAAUUGGAACGAGGUUUCGCUCAACGUGCUCGUCUUGCCUCUGUGGUUCCACUGGGCGUUGACCAGGUCGGUACUGUUCUUGAUGAAUGUGCUCGCCGAGUAUCCAGAACGCCUCUUGCCGCGGGAUCGAUCGAGAAGUAUCGAGCUGAUCAACGUCUUCCUCGACCUUUACUCGAAGCACAUCGGCCAUGCAAACUCGGUGCUCAGCCACGCAUCGUCCGCUCACCAUCCAAGCCUCAACUCUGGCGGCUCAACGUGGUCCCCCUCGGACGACCUGUCGAGUCGCGACGGUCAUACUCACAGACAUCACCAUGCAAACGGCACCAAUGCUAGUAACGGCGCGGAUCCCACCGGCGCAGGUACGAAUCCGGCAAGCACGACAGCUUGGCAGCAGAGUCCUCACGAGGCAAUCCAGCAUCCUGCAACGCCGCUGCUCGACACGCUCAACCAGUGCCAGACCUGGGCUCGCCACGGAGGCGUUAUGUGA